AGCAUCGGAGAAGGGGGCUUCUGGGAAGGAACCGUGAAAGGACGGACAGGCUGGUUCCCGGCAGAAUGCGUCGAGGAAGUGCAGAUGCGGCAGUUCGAUGCCCGACUAGAGACGAGAGAAGACCGGACCAAGAGGCUCUUCCGACAUUACACCGUGGGCUCCUAUGACACCUUCACUUCGCACAGGCCGAAGGCCGUUGGAGGCCCCGGCAGUGUGGCCGAGGGGCUGGAGUGUCUGGACAGCCAGGCAGAAGCCGCCUGCUCCCCGUCAGCCACGCAAGGAGCGGAGACGCCAAUUGAGGAGUUCACCCCAACGCCUGCUUUCCCGGCGCUGCAGUACCUGGAAUCGGUGGAUGUGGAGGGGGUGGCGUGGCGAGCAGGUCUGCGCACAGGAGACUUCCUGAUCGAGGUGAACGGCGUGAACGUGGUGAAGGUGGGGCACAAGCAGGUGGUCUCGCUCAUCCGCCAGGGGGGGAACCACCUGGUGAUGAAAGUGGUCUCGGUCAGCCGCAAGCCAGAGUCAGAAGACGUGGUUCGGAAGAAAGCCCCGCCGCCGCCCAAGCGGGCGCCCAGCACCACCCUCACCCUGCGCUCCAAGUCCAUGACCGCCGAGCUGGAAGAGCUGGAGAAGCUGGACGAGAUCUUGGCCGCAGCGGAGCCCUCGCUGAGAGCAGACCUGGCGGAAGCGGAUUCCCGGGCAGCCACCGUGAAGCAGAGACCGACCAGCCGGCGCAUCACCCCUGCAGAGAUCAGUUCCCUCUUCGAGCGCCAGGGGAUGGCGGCCCAGGCGGGGCCAGAGAAGCCCCACGUCUCCCUCCGCAGAGGCCUCCCGCGGACCAAGUCUGUAGGCGAAGAUGAAAAAUUUGCGGCUUCCCUAAUGGAUGGAAAAUUUCCCCGGAGUACAUCGAUGCAAGACACUGUCCGAGAGGGCCACGGCAUCCCGCCCCCACCACAAACCGCCCCUCCCCCUCCCCCCUCCCCCUACUACUUUGACACGGGCCCGCCCCCCACCUUCUCCCCGCCCCCGCCCCCAGGGAGGGUCUACGACACGGUCCGCUCCAGCUUCAAGCCGGGCUUGGAGGCCAAGCUGCAUGGGCUGCCCCCGGUGAUCAGCGCGGCCGAGAUGUAUGACCAGGCCAGGGCCGGCAUCCCCUACCCGGAGCGGCAGAAGCGGGCCCGCUCCAUGAUCAUCCUGCAAGACUCCUCCCACAUCCCCGUGGAGCCCACCGACUUCCCCCGGCCAGGCCCCUCGGCCACCCCGCCGGAGAAGCUGAAGCGGAAGGGACGCGGGGCAGACAACCCCUACGCCAACAUGGGCCAGUUCAACGUCAGCCUCUUUGCCCCCACCAAGCCCCAGCGCAAGAAGAGCCCCCUGGUCAAGCAGCUGCAGGUGGAGGACGCGCAGGAGCGGGCGGCGCUCUCCGUGGCAGGGGGCUUCGCCCGGGAGCCCUCCCCCACCCGGCGGGGCCACCGCCUGAGCGGGAUGGAGUUCCCCUCCCAGCAAGUGGACACCGCCAGCCUGCCCUUUGCCACGGCGGCCCCAGGGGCCAUGAAGGAGCGCGACCGGCGCCUUGACGAGAAGCGGAAAUCCACUGUCUUCCUUUCCGUGGGGGCCAUCGAGGGGAGCCCCCCCACCAUAGACAUGCCAUCGCUGCAGCAAUCCCGGUCCAUCGACGAGCGUCUGCUGGGGAGCCGGGACGUCCUCCUGCCUUCCCCCGUCUCCGCUCUAAAGCCAUUCCUCAGCAGCUCCUCCUCGACGUUCAUACACCCCCUGACGGGGAAGCCCCUCGACCCCAACUCCCCCCUGGCGCUGGCGCUGGCCGCGAGAGAGCGAGCCCUCUCCACCCAGGUCUCCUCCAGAGUGGCCACCCCCAUCCACAGCCCCGACUCUGACCGGGCUGCCCCCUUGUUCGUGGACAUCCAAACCAAAGACCAGGAGAGGGGUGAGCUGGAAGGCCGGGGGUCUCCUGCCAAUUCCCCGGGAUCCAAGGUGGCCACCCCCAGCUCUCUGACCCCUACCCAGAGCCUCUGGGGGAUGCCCGGAAGCGCCAGGAAAGAGGGCGAGGCCCGAACCGAGACCCCGGUGAAGGAGGUGGAGGAGAAGAAGGUGGAGGAGAAGAAGGCCAUGAUCCUCAGCAUCCUGGACACCUCGCAGCAGAAGACGGCCGGCCUCAUCAUGGUGCACGCGACAAGCAACGGCCAAGACCUCGGCUUCGACGUGAAGGAGGAGAAGAGCCCCGUGCCAGAGGGGGGCCCAGAGCCGGGGGAAGUCUCCAUGGCGGAGGCCCAGCCCAGCCCGGUGGGGAAGGUGCCCGUCAGCCCAGCCUUGGGCAAGACUCUCGGACAAGGGAGUUCGGAGGAGGAAGUGGAGACGUACACGGUCACUCUGCCGCCCGCUCAGCUGUCCUCCAGCGAUGAGGAGACCCGGGAGGAGCUGGCGAAGAUCGGCCUGGUGCCGCCGCCCGACGAGUUUGCAAACGGGGUCUUGGUCACCACCGCUGGCACCCCUAUCAGCCAACUGGCUGCUCCAGCCAUCGCCCCGCCAUCCGUGCCAGCGGCAGCAGCCCUCCCUUCUACCACUGGUGGAACACCCUCAGGGAAGCCCUCUGAUGCCCCCACCGCCCCCGAGUCUGCUGCGGACUCGGGCGUGGAAGAGGUGGACACCAGGAGUUCAAGUGACCAUCACCUGGAGACCACAAGCACCAUCUCCACCGUCUCCAGCAUGUCCACGCUGUCCUCCGAGAGCGGGGAGCCCACCGACACCUACACCUCCUUUGCGGAUGGGCACACUUUUGUACUCGAGAAGCCGCCAGUGCCUCCAAAGCCGAAACUCAAGUCCCAGACCAGCAAGGGGCCGGUAACCUUCAGGGACCCUCUUUUGAAGCAGUCCUCGGACAGCGAGCUCAUCUCCCAGCAACACGCGGCCAUCCUGGCUUCCGCCAGCGUCGGCCGGCCACGCUACCUCUUUCAGCGAAGGUCCAAGCUGUGGGGGGACCCCCUGGACAGCAGGCCCAUCCAGGGGCCGGAAGAUGACAAACCAACUGUGAUCAGCGAGCUGAGUUCCCGGCUGCAGCAGCUGAACAAGGACACCCGCUCCCUGGGGGAGGAACCCGCCGGUGGCGUCUUCGACCCUGGAAAGAAGCCUCCCGUGGUGGCAGCACGACUUUUCAGUAGUUUAGGAGAACUAAGCACCAUUUCCCAGCGCAGCUCCGGCACCACCUACACCGUGCGUCCUGGCAGCCGCUACCCUGUGACCCGCCGCACUCCCAGUCCGGUAAAGCCUGCCCUGGAUAGGACAGACCCCCUGAGCACCAUCCGGCCCUAUGGGCUCACCCCGCCCACCAUCCUCAAAUCUUCCAGCCUCUCCAUCCCACACGAACCCAAGGAGGUACGCUUUGUGGUGCGCAGCGUCAGUGCCCGGAGCCGCUCCCCCUCCCCCUCCCCUUCCCCGGGGCCCCCCCUGCAUUCCCUCCACCCCCCGCGGCCCUUCAUGCAGAAACCCCUCCAGCUCUGGAACAAAUACGACGUGGGGGACUGGCUGGAGAGCAUUAACCUGGUGGAGCACCGAGACAAAUUUGAGGACAAUGAAAUUGAGGGCACCCACCUGCCCGCCCUGACCAAGGAGGACUUUGUGGAGCUGGGGGUGACGCGGGUGGGGCACCGCAUGAACAUUGAGCGGGCACUCAAGCAGCUGGCAGACAGCUGACCAUCUGGGCAGCCCGGGCUCCUCUCCUGGAGCCGCGUCACUCAGGGGCAGGCGGGGCCGUUCCUGCUAGGCCAGUAGACCGGAGCCUCUUCCUGCCCUGCUCUGACUGCUGCACUGAAAGACCGGGGGGCGGGGGCAGCAGGCACCUCCUCUCCCUCCAUCCCCCCGGGCCCCCCUGGUGCAGAUUCCCUUCCUCAGGAACAGGCGUGGGCCGCGGAAGCCCAGCCCUCCCCAAGAGAGUCACUGCUGGACAGGCGGUUCCGGGGAAGGAGAGCGCUCCCCUCUUGGAGAACCCCUCGGCAGCGGGUCCUGCCCCCACGGCCCGGGCCCCGAGGGGAGGCCGGAGGGACAAGGGACGGGGGUCCUUGCGCUGGGAUUGAAAGGCUCCAGCCAGGCCUGAGCCAGAUGCGUACGUGGUGGUGCUGCGGCUGCUUGUGUUGCAUUCGGCCUGGCGGAAGGCCCAAUGCUGACCGGCCAGUGGGGGUUUGUGGGGGGAGGGGCUCGGUGCCCUGGCACCCAAGCGC